AUGGCAGAGCAGGUCACCAACGAUGUGGUAAAGGAAGCACAGUCGAUGGGACGUCCCGCGCCCAUCGACGACACUGCGUCAACUACCAAGAUCCCCGCCGUCAACGGCGAGCUGCCCUCGGGCCCAGCGACCUCCAAGACGAACCCUCUCGAAGCCCCCCACCCUGCUACGACGGCCGACAGCGCAGAUGCAGCCCCGCCCGAUAGUGCACGCGCAUCAGACAAGGCCCAUGGCGAGGCGACUCAGCAGCAGCAGCAGCAGACCGACGCAUCUGCGCACGAGUCAAAGCAACCCUUCCUCAACGGCGACUCUGGCGAUCACGAGCACUCAGCAAGCGAGUCACAAGCUGUCGCAGACGCGAGCGGCAGCUCAGACACGGACAUCAGCCGUCCGGGUAGCGUAGAUCAGUCGAAGCGCCAUGCAGGCCAUGUGCGGACAAAUUCGUCGGUGAAGAAGCCGUCCACCUUCAAGUCGGUGUCUGUUACGAAGACGUUUCUCGCCAAGUCAGCUGUCUCAACGCCAGUCGCGCGACCGGGCGAGAAGACGGCUCCUGCAGUGCAACCCAGCCCUUCAGCACUCCUCACCGCAAAGCCCCGCCUCGUUGCCAAGCUUGGUACAGGCAAUGCUCCUCGGGCGCUAGGAAAAGUCAAUGGUGCAGGCUCAGGCCCUGAUGCAAGCAAGGUCUGGAAUAAGAACCAGCCGGUUCCUACGCCACCACCGAAGCAGUUCACCGAUGAAGAAUUAAAGCAGCAAUACGGCAUUCACCUCGCAACACGCUUACAGGCAGAUGAGGCUGGCAAGGAGGCAAAGUGGGCCGACAUUGAUGAUGAUGAGGACGACUGGGCUCCAGAAGCUGUGCAGUGGAUGGAUGGAACCAAGUCUUCGGUCGCCGCAGUUGAGAACCAACUACUGCCGGCGGAAGAGCCAAAGACGAUUCUCAAGCCCGAGACGCCAGUGGAAAACCCAAAUACUGCGCCAGUCACAGCUACAAACACACCCAAGCCGAGCGUAACCGGUGGAGCCAAGACAAUCCUGAAGCCUGGAGCACACUCUCAGCCAACAACUGGGAAGUCUAGCCUCGUUCUGAAGGGACAGCCAGAGAAACCGACUUUGGUAGCUAAGCCCUCUGCCACCGAGAAGAAGUCCCCAUGGGCAUCACUUCCUCCGGUGGAGAAGUUACCUCCCGUGCAAAUCAACCCUCCGCUACAUCAGCCACCUCCACAGCGGUUUUCGCAGCGAGACUCAUAUGGCUACGAUUCUAUGCCGGCGAAGGAAAUAGCUCCUGACGACUUCAACCGUUCAUGGCGCGAUGACCGCGGAACUCGUCCAGAAUUGUACAAUUCACAUAGUGGUCGCUAUGAACCGGUCAACGAUAUGCGCCGAGGUUCUGUGCGUGAUCCCGGCUUCCGACAGCAACCUUCCGUGCUACAGAGGCCCUCCCAAGAUGGCCCAGCAGAGCCGUCAGCAGCGUUCCAAACAUUCAGAUCUAGCGCAGAUAUGCCUACCUGGGGAAGGAGGAGAAAUUCAUCCAAUGUGAGCGGCGAACAGGUUCGACGGAUGUCAAUCGAUCGAAGAGCACCAGACAUGCCCCGUGGGCCCAUGAACAUCGAGCGACGCGAAUCGCAUUCUGUCAACGGCAUCGAACUUUCGGACCCAGGAGCGCCUCGACAACCGCCGUUUACGCAGGCUGUGUCUCCCAACCUUGCACAUGUACAUCCAGUUUCACCUUACGGUUCAGUCACCUCGUCGGGUACUCAUGAUCUCCCAACACCAAAUGCAGCACCUGCCGAGAACCCAGUAGAGGUUCAAAAACGCUUGAUGGCCGACAAGAUCGAGCGCGCUCGUCUAAAGAAGCAGCAAGAGCAAGAGGCAGAAAAGAAAGCAGAGGCAGAAAGGAAAGAGCGCAUCGCAAAGCGACUCGCUGCUAUGGGACCGCCCCCGGAGCCAAAGUCGAAAACCAAGGAACAAUCGCCUUCACGAGCUACACAACAAUCUCCUCAGAAAGACAAAGCCGUGCCCGUUUCUGCACAAUCACCGCCAAAGCCACCCGUCCCCACAGCCGACGGCGAAGUGGCUCAGUAUGGCAUGAUGAAGGUCCACCAUGCGCAGCCGGUCAAGAAGCCGUCUUUGAUAGAGCAUACCACCGCUGUGAAAGGAACAGAGCCCGCAUCAAGUCCAUCGGCGGUGAAAGCACAGACCGAAAAUCAAGCAAGAGCACCACCGGCGCUAAAUCAGCAUUCUACACAGUCGUUUGACACCUUCACUCGCGAUAGUGAGAAAUCCAGACAGCCAGUCGAACAAUCGAAGAAUCUUGCCCACCAAUCGGAAGGCGCGAUUUCUGCAGGACCUAAGCCUCAGGUACCCCAAGCAGCCUGGUCGCCCGCAACAGCACCUCAACCUCGCCCUUGGACGUCACAGGUUUGGGGCCCGCCGCCCACCAAAGAACGCGCUUUGGGCAACGGAACCUUUGACUCUGGCUACAACCGUGGUCAACCUCGUCCCGGCCCGCAACAGCAUCCCGUGCAGUCAACGACAUCAGUAGCUCCUAUCGCAUUGGGCUUAGCUGCACAGCCAUCGGCAACCUCACAGUCCACGAGCCAGCUACCCUCGUCCCAACCAAUGUACCCACAAUCAGGGUCGUUGCCGGUGCAGGCAGUAGUUGCACCAUCACGGCCUGGGCCCAUUGCUCCACCUUUAGCGAAAGGCUGGAGUAAUUUCCAGGACGAUAUCCGUAAAGAUGAUGCAAACAUGGUGGUGAAGGCGCGACAGGAUCGAGAGCGUUUAGGUGAAGCCUUCCGACCAGAGAUCCGAGAGACCUACAAAGACCAGCGGGGGCAAGCGCAGACUACGUUGCAUGAUAAGGUCGCCGGAAACGCGGCUCUGUCCGAAAGUAGCAUCAAGAAAGAUGAUGCAGCUAAGCAUGCCCAUGAAGGGCCCUCACCUCAGCAGAGUUUGACACAAAGCACCCCUCUUCAGCAAGCCACUGGCCCUCGAGCUUCACGCUUCUUUCCCCGCCCGACUGAGACUGCGACACAGGCGACUACGACCACGUCAAGCAAAGCUGAUUCCCCACCCCCUCCACCCGAGACAGAGACUCAUCCUGCAUUCACUGGCGAUAUCAGCCAUCCGUUGGUGAGGCUGCCGAAGCCCUCACCUGUUGUGCGACUUCCUCCACUUGCUACAGGAAGUGAUGCACACACUGAGGCCACAGGAAGCAUGUCGUCGCGUGGUCAAUCUUUGGGCGCCCGACCGCUGGCUAUGAAUCCGGAAUGGCAGGCUCGGUUUAACAAGCUCCUCGAGAAGCCGGGUUCUGCGGCACCUACUUCGGUACCAGGUCCUACCAUCCGUAACGCGUCUUCUGCUACUCUUUCAGUCGCACCGUCGAAACCAGGUGCACUUGCCCCGGCAGCACUGUCGAAAGCCUCGCUUGACGUCCGGGGAGCUGCUGGUCCAGCGACUGUCUCUUUACCUAGCGCUCCCCAAACCCGGACCUUUGCAGAUGAUCGCGGCAGGGAAGUCAUCACUCGCAAGGGUACCGAGGCUUUGUUCGAGGAUCGAGAAUUUGGAUCACUUCCAACAGUGAGGUUAUCCAAGGCUCCUCACCUUGCAGCAAAUGAUCCAGCAGUAAACCCUCCCAAGGAUGACCCGUUUCCACGCUUCAAGAGAUUUGAGAACCCAUUCACGAUCCGCCGACUUGAGGUCUUCGAUAUCGAGAGGCUUGCCCAGAAGAUUGAUAUCGUUAUCCACAUUCCCAACAUGCGCAAUGCCAUCACCAUGUCAAUGCCGAGAAAGCGCCGUGGUCCCAAGACCAAUAGUCAGUUCAAGCCGAAGCAGAAUAUCACGUCGAACGGCUAUCCUACCGGCGGACCCAAAGAUCGUCCGCGUAAGCCUUCGCAACAGGGCCAGGGAGAACAUUCGAACAACUCUCCUCGCCCUUCUGCACCGAAUGCUUGGGGAAGCAGCAAUCGCUCGACCCCGUCGCAACCACCUACGACUUGGGCGAGGCGUGCAGCUGCCCCUGUCCACUGA